GCCAAAAAUUAAAUUAAAUUUGGGUGCAUCAUUUUGACUUGUGUUUGUGUCUAGGUUUUAUGACACAAGUAAUUUCAUAAACUUUUGACUUGUUUUGCUUAAAACCAAACCAAACCAUUGCAUUGAACCUGGAAAUCUUGAAUUGAGAGAAUUGGUCAUUUUAUUUUAAUACAUAUGUCUGAAUGAAGAAUUAGAAAACAAAGGCUUCCUCAGAGGUGUGCCUCUUGAAAUUCUUUAUUGUUGGAGAUAAUUUUAUAGCACUUGCAGUGAAAUUAUACUGGAGUAUAAGCAGAACCAAAACAGUUGAAAAUCUAAUAAAUUAGGGAGAUCACUCUUUGGAAAUUUAAAUUUUCUGAGUUACCAUAGAAAUUUUAUAUAACUUACCAUAUGUAAGUUACCAUACAUACUGGUAUAUAUUACUUGCCUCUCUUCAAAUAAGCAGCUAAAUAACAAUGCAAGUGUCAGACUUAAUUAUUUAACACAAUAGUUUUUAGCAAUGGAAAAUCUACAGACAAAUUUUUCCUUGGUUCAGGGCUCAAAUAAAAAAAUGAAUGGAAUGGGAGAUGAUGGCAGCCCUCCAGUGAAAAAAAUGAUGACAGACAUUCAUGCAAAUGGAAAAAUGAUGAACAAGAUGCCAACAGUGAAAAAGGAACACUUGGAUGACUAUGAAGCGCCAAUGGAAACUGAUGGAGAGCAUGUUAAGCGAACCUGUACCUCGGUGCCUGAACCUUUACAUUUAAAUCCCAGUUUGAAACACACUUUGGCACAAUUUCAUUUAAGUAGUCAGAGCUCUCUGGGUGGACCAGCAGCAUUUUCCGCUCGGUAUUCCCAAGAAAGCAUGUCACCUACUGUAUUUCUGCCUCUUCCAUCUCCUCAGGUUCUUCCUGGUCCACUGCUCAUCCCUUCUGAUAGCUCCACGGAACUCACCCAGACUGUGUUGGAAGGGGAAUCUAUAUCUUGUUUUCAGGUUGGAGGAGAAAAGAGACUCUGUUUGCCCCAAGUCUUAAAUUCUGUUCUCCGAGAAUUUUCACUCCAGCAAAUAAAUACAGUGUGUGACGAAUUGUACAUCUAUUGUUCGAGGUGUACUUCAGAUCAACUUCAUAUCUUAAAGGUCUUGGGAAUACUUCCAUUCAAUGCCCCAUCCUGUGGGCUGAUUACCUUAACUGAUGCACAGAGACUAUGUAACGCUUUAUUGCGGCCACGCACUUUUCCUCAAAAUGGUAGCAUACUUCCUGCUAAAAACUCAUUGGCUCAGUUAAAGGAAACUGGCAGUGCCUUUGAAGUGGAACAUGAAUGCUUGGGCAAAUGUCAGGGUCUGUUUGCACCCCAAUUUUAUGUUCAGCCUGAUGCUCCGUGUAUUCAGUGUCUGGAGUGCUGCGGAAUGUUUGCGCCCCAGACAUUUGUGAUGCAUUCUCACAGAUCACCGGACAAAAGGACUUGCCACUGGGGCUUUGAAUCAGCCAAAUGGCAUUGUUAUCUUCAUGUGAAUCAAAAAUACUUAGGGACACCUGAAGAAAAGAAACUGAAGAUAGUUUUAGAAGAAAUGAAGGAGAAGUUUAGCAUGAGAAAUGGAAAGAGAACACAAUCUAAGAUAGAUACACCAUCAGGAAUGGAAUUACCAUCAUGGUAUCCUGUUAUAAAGCAGGAAAGUGACCAUGUUUCUCAAACACAUUCAUUUUUACACCCUAGCUACUACUUAUACAUGUGUGAUAAAGUGGUUGCCCCAAAUGUGUCACUCACUUCUGCUGUAUCCCAGUCUAAAGAGGUCACAAAGACAGAGGCAGGUAGAUCCCUACCAAGACACUCAGAGAAGCCUCACAGUAGUGGGAAACAUCAAAAAACAGUGUCUUAUCCAGAUGUCUCACUGGAGGAACAGGAGAAAAUGGAUUUAAAAACAAGUAGAGAAUUAUGUAACCAUUUGGAUCCAUCAAUCUCAAGUAAUUCUGUAAGUAAAAAGAAACCUGAGUCAACCACUUGCAACUUAAUCAGAGACACAAGCAUGGUGGGAAUUGACCAUGAUGCUGCAGCUUCAUCUCCACUUCUUGUCAAAGAUGUCAUUUGUGAAGACGAUAAGGGAAAAAUCAUGGAAGAAGUAAUGAGAACUUACGUAAAACAACAGGAAAAAUUGAACUCAAUUUUGCAGAAGAAGCAACAACUUGAGAUGGAAGUUGAAAUGUUGAGUAGUUCAAAAGUAAUGAAAGAACUCACUGAAGAACAACAGAAUUUACAGAAAGAACUUGAAUCUUUGCAGAAUGAGCAUGCUCAAAGAAUGGAAGAAUUUUAUGUUGAACAGAAAGACUUAGAGAAAAAAUUAGAGCAGGUAAUGAAGCAAAAAUGUACCUGUGACUCAAAUUUAGAAAAAGACAAAGAGGCUGAAUAUGCAACACAGUUGGCAGAACUAAGACAGAGAUUGGACCAUGCAGAGGCUGAUCGGCAAGAACUCCAAGAUGAACUCAGACAGGAACGGGAGGCAAGACAGAAGUUAGAGAUGAUGAUAAAAGAGCUAAAGCUGCAAAUUUUGAAAUCAAAGACUGCUAAAGUAUAGAAACCUUUAAAGAGAUUCAUCUGUGUGUUCCUAACAGAGUUUAUUUUUGUUUGUUGCUUUGCUAAUUGAAUUCUGAACAGCUUAUCUGCAUGAAGAUGACCAGGCAUUCUAUCCAUUUGUAGAUCAGAGAAAGUGAAGAGAUUAUAUAUUGGUACAUAAAUUUUUACAUUUCCAAAUGAGCGAAAAUGUAUGUUUCUUUGUACUUUUUUUUUCAAACAGCUUAGUAAUAAUACUCUAUGGUUUCAUCUAUUAGAUAACCUGCCUAUAUUUCUAAUGCAGAUUUAACAGUUGUGUACUUUUUAAAAGCUGCAUUGUGAUGAAAAAUAGUUGUGUUUUGUUAUCUGUAUUUCAGACUCAAUUUUAUAUACAAUGGUUGUAUCAUAUUUCAAAUAUAUAGAGAUAUUC